UAUAUAUAUAUAUAUAUAUAUAUUCAACCAGCAAUUAGUGGCUAUGGACUGGCUCCAUAUCCUUUUGUUACUCAACCCCGAGGUUGAGAUCUCAUUGGCUUAGUCAUUACCGACCGUGAUCAAAGAAAAAGGUUACUUCAACCACUGAAUUUUUGGUAAUAUAAACCAACAGUUGAAGGUGUUAAGUGAUAUGCCUCGGAGUUAAUCACAAUUAAGCCUGGAAUGUAUCUACAUUGCUUAUAACUGAAGCGCACUCAUAGUAGUAUUGAUCUGGACAUUUAAUUUCCUGUUUGUCACGAACUCUUACUCAUCUCCAGUUAUCGUUCAUGUUUCUCAGCCAACAGUGAUCACAAAGCAUUUAGUGGACGUAAAAAAUCGGCAUGAACAGUUUUUACCACAAUUUACCGAAAAUUGAGUUGCAUGCCCACCUUUCUGGGAGUAUUAGUUCGGCGUUUUUGAAGCGUGAAUCAAUUACCAACCGUGAUGUUCAGAACAUUAAUCCAAGUUUUGAUUUUGAAACAUGGAACGGGGAUAUGAAUAGGUGUUUUGAUGCUUUCCGAACAAUCCACAAACUAAUUGAAACACCAGAGAUUUUGGAGAGAGUAUGCAUUUUUGGUAUAAUAGUUUAUUUACCCUUUGAUAAACAUGCCAGUCAGUCAGUUACAACGUAGGACCAGGUACAUAUAUAUAACGGUCCAAGUUGCCACACCUCAUUGGCACAACAAAACAAACACCAAAUUCACAGUAGUUUCUUCGAUGGCAGUAAUAUGUAAAGAAGGAUUGCAUAUAAGGAUAUGAUACAGGCAGAGUGAAUUAGUUCAUAGAAAGGGAGAUAUAAAGUAACUUUAAUCUCACGGUUCAGGGCAGGACAGAGAGUUUAUACACCUACGCCGUUGUUAUCGGUUCUGUCACACAGUCUCUAACCAUUGGUUAAGAUAGUCGCGCAGACCCCAACCAAGUAGUCUGCGUCCACCAACAUGGCUCAGACCGGAAGUUAGUGACUUUAUGGACUGAUACCACGUUUUAGUCUGGCCGCCCCGGCUUUCUUUCACCCGUCUUCAACACUAGUUGUUCGAUGGUAAUAUUUUUGUGGAUGAAACUGUACUGGUGACUGUAGUGGAGUAUAUCAAGAGAGGCUUUUUGAGAGAGUAUCUAACUAUAUUGCCUUCUCAUAGUUAAUGUGGGUUAUUAUAUGACCGAUGGAUGUAAUACACCUCUUAGUUCUGCUGAUUUCCCUCAGUGUAGUCAGGUUAUGGAUCUUAUUCUACAUUGGCC